GGGAGGGGUCAGCGGACUGUCCCUGUGAGGUAGACAGAGGAAGAGAACACCCAAGAGAGAGAGAGCUGCUCUCAUAUAAAACCCACAGGCGGAAGUUCUACACGAGACAGAAAGGCAGAGCAUUGCAGAGCUGAGUGGCCGGCACACAAGUCCUCUGAGAGGUUGCACAAAAUUCGGGACAUUUUUGCUUUUCAUUCUCUGAACUUCAGAUAAAAUGAGUAACUACAGUGUAUCUCUGGUUGGCACAGCUCCCUGGGGCUUUAGACUUCAAGGUGGCAAAGACUUUAACAUGCCUCUCACUAUCUCCAGGCUCAAUGAUGGAGGGAAGGCUGCUAAAGCAAAUAUCGGAAUUGGUGAUGUAGUUCUUACCAUUGAUGGCAUAAGCACGGAUGGAAUGACUCAUUUAGAGGCACAAAACAAGAUCAAGGCAUGCACUGGAUCAUUGAGUUUGACUUUGCAAAAAGCUGCAGCUGCUUCAAAGACCAAUCAAAAUCCUGCACAAGUUGAAGCACCUAAAGAAAUAAUAAAGCCUGUGCCUAUUGCAACUCCCACUAUACCCGCUGCACCCAAAGUCACCACUUCAGCCAAUCUGAUCUACAACAAAGCGCCUAGACCAUUUGGGGCCCCAUCCUCUUCUAAGCCUGCUUCAAUCCCAUCACCAUCCUCUGCCUUUUCCCCAGCAUCUGCAACCCAGCCCUCUGCUUUAUCCCUGCUGUCUGCAGUCAAUCCACCUCCCCCCACCACAUCCGGAGUGCAUGCCAAUUAUAAAUCUGCCACAGAUGGCCAAUCACCUGCUUUGAGUGCAACUAAAGCUGCAGUUAAUGUCCCACGGCAGCCUGCCAGCUACAAUUCAGCUGUCAACCAGUAUGCUAAUGAGGCUGCACAAGAUGGGGCUGAUGUGCAGAGAAGAGGACUAAAGGAAAACCUGGGUGAUAAACCUCAAAAUGGGAAGAUUCCACCAAAACGCCCUCCUCGGAAACACGUUACAGACACUGAUUUCUACCAUACUCCGAUUUAUAGCGAUGCUAGUAAAAAGCGUCUCGUAGACCAAACUGAAGACUGGCAUCCACGCACCGGUACUACUCAGUCACGUUCUUUCCGCAUUCUUGCUCAGAUGACUGGCACUGAAAACCUGAAAGAACCAGAGCCUGAAGAUGUGAACAAGGAAAAGAUUCCUGUGCAAAUAAUUAGUCCAAAAUAUACACAAUUGCGUGACUGGCACCAUGGUGUCUCAGCCCGUGUUCUAAAUGUGUAGCGAUUCACUUCUCUUCAUUUUUUAUUUUCUAUUCGUUCUUUGCUGCUUGAAAUUGACAGUGCUGUAUUCUUACAAGUCAGAUGUAUGCCACUGUUAAUUUGUGCAUCAUUUGUAUGUUCCAAAAAAAAGCACACUUAAGAGGGUGCAAAUAUUCAGCAGCAUAAUGCAUGAUAGUUUUGCAAAUUGCUUCAGUUAAGGAUUUGUUCCGUGAACUAGCAUAUUGAGGGUAAGAUCGUAAAGUGAAAAAAGAUUGUUUAUGUGAAGGUGUAAGUUAAAGGGAAACUCUAGGACGUUUUAAUUGUUUUGUUUUGGGUGGAGUGUCAAAGAAAUGUUUGCAGUAUAUCUGUGUCAUUUCUGCUAGUGUAUUAUCCACAUGAAUAUAUGAAAAAUGAAUUCCCAAGUAGGGAACUUGAAAGGUCCUCUCAUGAAUAGGUAGGGGAAGAUCUUCCUGGCUGGACUGGACAGCAGCAACUACUAUACAUGCAAAUAACCCAGUCGACUCAAUACAAAUUGUUUGGCCAUACCUAUCACUAAGUUUGGAAAUUAAAACUGAGCAUAUAGUGAAAAGAUGUGUAGUACAGUUGUAUUUGGUGGGAAUGACAUAUAAAAUUAACUAAUUGAUCCAGAGAUACAGGUAGCUGAACUUGUAUGCAAAUGUCAACUUUUCCUUUAUAGUUACAACUGAGCUGCAGGCAAAGAGCAAAAUACAUAUAAGGGGGCAGCUUAACCAGCCAAAAGAUUUGUGUUUUUGUAGAGCAAAACACAGAGACCACCACAGGUUAUCUAAACCUAAGAACAAAAUUGUAAUAUGUUGCAGCUAAGAUGAGGCUAAAAUUAUUAUUGCCAAGUACGCAAAAUACCUGUUGGACCUUGCCAAAAAUGCAGUGUCCUUAUCACUUCCUGUGAGCUUAACUGUUGAAGCCUAAAACAAUGUCCUCCUUUCUUCUGUAAAUUAGUUAUUACCCCAUCACCUAUUUAAAGCAGACAUAUUUGAAGUCCAUUCUGGGUGGCAACCAUGGUGCAGCUACCUCAUCUAAUGCCGCGUACACACCAUCACUUUAUGUGAUGGAAAAAAA